GACGUGCGGUGCCGCUGGAAUGAGGGAGGAACGCUAGCCUAUAUAAGUGAAACAGAGCGCUUCCCAGCUCACUCAGUCGAUGUUAAAUUCAAGAUACGGUCGGCGUGGCUAGGCAUGGAUAUUCUGAGGACUAUUACUUAUCAACCUACUGGUCAUAAUAAAAUGUGCGAACAGACGCUCAACAAACCCGGCGAAUUCAGGCGUAAAAGGUCGGAGGAUCCCACGCACGCAGCCCCUGAAAUGUCACGGAUUAUAACAGACCCCACAACUGGAAAAUGCUAUUGCCGUGGAAAAGUUUUGGGAAAGGGUGGUUUUGCGAAAUGCUACGAACUGACAGAUUUGUCUACGAAUAAAGUAUAUGCCGCUAAAAUCAUUCCUCAUUCUAGGGUUGCCAAGCCUCACCAGCGAGAAAAGAUUGAUCGAGAGAUCGAAUUGCAUCGAGCUUUGCACCACCGGCAUAUCGUCCAUUUCUACAAUCAUUUCGAAGACAAAGAAAAUAUCUACAUCCUUUUGGAAUAUUGCAGCCGCAGGUCUUUGGCGCAUAUACUGAAAGCAAGGAAAGUCUUGACUGAACCUGAAGUGAGAUACUACCUCCGACAAAUAGUCUCUGGAUUAAAGUACCUGCAUGAACAAGAAAUCCUGCACAGAGAUCUGAAAUUAGGUAAUUUUUUCAUUAAUGACACAAUGGAUCUUAAAGUUGGAGAUUUUGGACUGGCAGCAAAGCUGGAGCCACUAGAGAACAGAAGAAGAACAAUCUGUGGAACCCCAAAUUAUUUGUCACCUGAAGUCUUAAACAAACAAGGACAUGGCUGUGAAUCUGAUGUCUGGGCAUUAGGAUGUGUGAUGUACACUAUGCUCCUUGGGAGGCCUCCAUUUGAAACCACCAACUUAAAGGAAACCUACAGGUGCAUAAGAGAAGCCCGCUAUACAGUUCCCUCCUCCCUUUCUGUCCAUGCCAGGCAACUAGUUGCUGGCAUGUUGUCGAAAAAUCCUGAAGAUCGCCCUAGCCUAGAUGAAAUUGUUCGACAUGACUUUUUCACACAGGGAUUUACACCAGAAAGGCUUCCACCAAGUUGCUGUCACAGUGCUCCAGAUUUCCACUUAUCAAGUCCAGCUAAAAAUUUCUUUAAGAAGGCAGCUGCAGCUUUAUUUGGGGGCAAAAAGGAGAAAGCAAAGUACUAUGAUAGUCUUGGUAAAUUUGCCAAAGAUGAUGAAGAAAUCUACAAGUUGCGACAUGAUCUAAAGAAGACCAGUAUUAGCCAACAAUCUCAAAAGCUUAAAACUGACGAUGAAAGCAAGCCACCAGCUACUACAGAGGGGAAACCAGGAGUUUUGGUAAAAGAGAGCAGUCAGCAAAUUAGAGACACAAUUCGAAUGAUUGUCAGGGGGACUCUUGGGAGCUGCAGCAGCAGCAGUGAGUGUCUAGAAGACAGUACAAUGGGUUGUGUUGCUGACGGUGUUGGUAGAGUGUUAAGAGGCUGCCUUGAAAGUAUGCCUGAAGCUGAUGCCUUUCCAAAGGAACAGAUGAACAGCUCAUUCCAGUGGGUCACCAAGUGGGUUGAUUACUCAAAUAAAUAUGGCUUUGGAUACCAGCUAUCAGAUCAUACAGUUGGUGUUCUCUUCAACAAUGGGACACACAUGAGUCUAUUGUCAGAUAAAAAGACCGUCCAUUACUAUGCAGAACUUGGCCAAUGUUCAGUGUUUUCUACUGCAGAAGCACCUGAGCAGUUCAUCAAUCAAGUCACAAUUCUGAAAUACUUUGCACACUACAUGGAGGAGAACUUAAUGGAUGGUGGUGACUUACCAAGCAUUACGGAUAAAAGCAAGCCCCGGCUUUAUUUGCUCCAGUGGUUGAAGUCUGACCGUGCAUUGAUGAUGUUGUUUAAUGAUGGCACAUUUCAGGUCAACUUCUAUCAUGAUCACACAAAGAUCAUUAUCUGCAAUCAAAACGAGGAGUAUCUGCUAACUUACAUCAAUGAAGAUCGUAUUUCCACCACUUUCCGUCUGGCCACACUACUUGCAUCUGGUUGUUCAGUAGAUCUGCGUAACAGAAUGGAGUAUGCCUUAAACAUGUUGUUGCAAAGGUGUAAUUAAAGAAUGGCUGUUCCGAAGGACUUUUUUUGAAAGAAGGACUUUGCUUGGAAUCUUAAAAGGCUUUUAUGAAGAAGUUGGGAAAGCUUAUCUGUAAGUUGAAAAUAAGGUAGAUUGAAAGUAAGAUUGAGCGGAGGUACGAAAAGUUCAACAAUGAGUUUUGGGUUUUUUUUUUUUUUUGAGGAGAAUGCUGGGCUGGAACCAGAAAACAAACUUUAUAAAUCUUGCUUUGUGAAAAUGGAUAAUGAGCUUUUAAUUCUCAUUUGGAGUUCCUACAGAAUUGUACAGGAGUCAAAGCAAGGUUUAAAAAAUGUAGCUCUUUGGAGCAAAAUUUUUUUAAACUGUGAAACAACUUUCCUACAGUAGUAAAUCCAGGACCCAUGAAAUCAUCAGGGCUAUUAUGGACUUUUUUUUUUAAUACUGUAAGCCUUGUGCUGCCAAACUGUGAAUGAUGGCCAUUUUUGUUGGGUGAAAAUUGAAAGCUGUAAAUUUCCACUUGUGUGGCUGGACUCAUGCAUUCUUUAUUACUUUGGAGUAAAUUAUGAAGAGAUUACGUAUUUAUUAUUUAUUAAAGAAUAAAAUUAAUCCUUUUACUUUU